AUGCAAUCCCCUACCAUUUGGAAAAAAAUUACACCUCAGCUAAAUCAUCACCCCCAGAUUCGUAUAUCGAUCUACGCUCUCUGCCUAGGCGGGUCAAUCGUUACCUAUCUACUCCGGGUAUUCGCCCCAGGCGAAGAUCAAGAGGAGUUCUCACGGGGCGUCUCCUCCGCCCUUGGCUUGCAAGGUCUAGCCCUCCUCUGCACCGCAAUCUACCAGACAAUUCAGGGCGACCUAACACUCUUCCACGCGAUUUGUGUCGUGCACCUUCUCGCUAUACUCGGUAUGAACAUGGUAAGCAAAGGCCAGUAUGCAGGGCUCGGCCCAUGGCGACUUUAUUUCUUCUCCGCAAUCCAGAUCCUGGCUUUGGCGGCUUUCCUUGCUUUCAACGUCUAUGUCUGGGUGACGGCGCCGCGAUUUGGUAGCCAGCCCCAGUGCAACAAGAAUACGGUGUAUGUGCUCUUUGGCGUGAGCAUCAAAGCCACUUCUCCUAUAUUCCGGUAUGUUGUUUUGGGCACUCUGGGUGCGGUUGUGGCUGGUUAUGCUCUUACUUUCACGUGCAUGUUGCCGUGUCUGUGUGGGUUUGUUUUGUACCAGAAACGGCAUCCCGACGCUGGAGAUAGGUUUGAGAGUCAAAAGAGAGGUUGGCUGAAUUGGUUUGUGGAGUUUCAGCAUCGUCCUGAGACACCCGAGAGGCUACAUGGCCAGGCGCUGCUCAACUUCACGCUGAACAAGGUCGCGUAUUGUUCGUUCUGCAUCUACUUGAUUGUUUCGCUUGAACAGACUAUCCAUCGCAACGACCUCAAUCCCGAAGAGAAAGGGUGGACGUUCGGACAGGUUAUUGCGAUUUUCUUGUUGUUGGGUGUUGCCAAUGAGCUGCUUAAUGUUCUUCUUGCGAAUUGGGAUAGGAAGCAGGCUGAAAGUUCUCAGCAGCUGGUACAGUUUAGGCAGGGAACUGGGAACUCGAUGCAUUCCUCGUCUUUUUGA